GCCCAUGGUGCGCCGCCGGUCUCGUUCCUGUGUGGUCGGUCGUCAGGACGGACCCGCUGCGAGGGCUCGUCGCCGGGCUGCGCCGCCGGCGCGUGGCGCUGCUGCUGCUGCUGCUGCUGCUGGGCGCGGCGGCGUGGCGGACCGCCCGGUGGGAAGACGUCGCCGCGCGGCGCUGCGGCCGGUGUGCUUCGUGAAGACGCACAAGUGCGCCAGCUCGUCGGUGCAGAACGUGCUGCUGCGCUACGGACGCACCAACUACCUGGGCCACCCGCGGCCCUUCCACCGCUCCAUGGCGCCGCCGUUCGGCGUGCUCGCGCACCACGCGCGCUUCCGCGAGGCCGUGCUGCGGCCGCGCUUCCUCACCAUCGUGCGCGAGCCGGCCGCGCUGUUCGAGUCGCUCUACUCCUACUACGACCUCGGGGCCAAGACGCGCCUGAGCCUCGAGCAACUGGCGUCGGGGAGCCGGUCGCUGAGCGCUCGGCUGGCGCGCAGGCGGACCCGCAGCAAGCUGGGCUUCAACCAGAUGAGCUUCGACCUGGGCCUGGAGCCGGCGCAGUUCGCCAACGCGUCCGCGGUGCGCCGCUUCGUCGAGCGGCUGGACGCCACCUUCGACCUGGUCAUGGUGGCCGAGCGCAUCAACGAGUCCCUGGUGCUGCUCUGCGCGGACCUCGACGACGUGGUCGUCUUCAGGCACAACGCUCGCCAGGUUCGUGUGCAGACACGUUGUGGCCUUCGCAGACCAGCUACCGGCGUCCCCCGAGCGGCCGGCUGGCGGCGCGAGCUGAACGCGGCCGACGUGCAGCUGUACGAGCACUUCGCGCGGCGCUUCGAGCAGCGCGUGCGCCGCUUCGGCAUGGCGCGCGAGCUGCGGCUGCUCGAGCAGCGCACCCGCCACUGGCACCGUGCGGGACACGCGGCCGGCCGACGACGCCCGGGGCUUCUGGGUCAGCGCCAAGGUGCUGCUGUUCCGCCCAAAGAACGGCAGCUCGCAGGAGUGCGCGCGCAUGACGCUGCCGGAGUUGGUGUUCACGGAGCGGCUCAGGAAGAAGCAGUCGGGAAACGCCGCCACUAGGCGUGCACGCGGCCGAAGGGAGAACGCGUCAUCGAUACAACCGGUGCACGUACAAGUACAACGUUAUUUACACGAGAAGUAUAACAUAUGCAAUACUUAUUUUGAUAUGCAAAAGACGCCGAAGAUGUUCUCACUACAAGGACUCAGUUUCGGCAGCCUCAACGUCAACGAAAUUCGUCAAGCAGCGCGAGCGGGUGUCGCGAUUGUUGCGUGAUGACGCUUGUCGGUGCGUUGCCUACGGCGACCCGAGCGCGGCCUCACGUCGGUCGCGGCGCACCGACGCCUGCGCAGCUGCGAGAGAACGCGUCGCACGGUGGCCGAUCGCCCGACGCCGAAACGCGGAUGCCACGGGCCGAGCUCAUUGCACAGCUCGUGACGGGCACUGCUGGCCGGUCGGUGUUAAGAAAAGGAAAUCCAUCGGCCCUCUGUGAACAAGGACGAGCUGGGGCGUGUUUUACCUUCUGUGCCUAGCUGCUGCGCUCAACACGCGUCCGGCCCAUGCCACAGCUCCGUGGACACCGGCGAUAAAGUCGCGCAGGUGACGUCACCACAGCGCGCCCACUGGGCCGUGCACGGCGAGACUCGGCGCGAGCGGCGUUGACUGGAGCGCGCGAAACACGUUUGCUUGUCAUUUGCGAUUGUGCAUGCUUCCUACAGUCAAUUAGCUGAACGAGGCUUGGAAGGACUGUAGCUUUAUAUUCUAGCGAACAAACAUGGGGCAGUCCGUUUACCUCACAAUAUUUGCAACUUCAUCUGCAACGCUACGUAAUUAAGAAAAGUAGAUGAAAAUCGGCGUAAUGCUAGAGUCGUCUGAGCGGCUAAUUGUCGUAUAGUUUGUGGACAGUUUCGACAAGAAUUACAGCCGUUUUAUGUAACCAUACUGCCUACCUAGACGGCCAUGUAUUGACUGCAGGCGGGAAUUCUGCAACGUUUACAAGUUCACUGUGAACCAACUAAUUAUGACAAACAAAUGAAAGUCGCCGUAAUGAUAGAGUCGUCUUUGCGGCCAAUUUCAGUUUGAUUUUUCCCAGAUACCGGCGACAACAUUUCUGUCAUGCCGACGCGGACGGGCAUCGAUCGGCUGCGCUCGGUGUCGACACGAUUGCAACAACGCUGAAAUAAAACAGGAUACACAACUUGCA